AUCAAAAAUUGGAGCUUUUAUUUUUAAAAAAUCAUUUUUGAAAUGUUCUCUUCUAAGAGAAGAUAGUUUUAUAUCAGAACUAUAUGAUAUUAUGUUAUCUAGUUUUUUUUCAUUAAAUCUUAACCAAAAGAGGAAUGGCGAAAUUUGCACGUUACAUAAUACUUCUAAUAAUAGUCAAACAAUGUUAUUAACUAAAGGAUUGAUUGAAAUAAGAAAUAUAUUGCAACAAAUAAAACAAAAUGAAAAAAUAGCAUUACCAAACAUAGUGGUAAUUGGUUCUCAAAGUUCUGGUAAAAGUUCUGUACUUGAAGCUAUUAUAGGCCGUGAAUUUUUACCUAAAGGAACAGAUAUGGUUACUAGAAGACCUAUUGAGCUAACCUUAGUUCAUACAUUUGAAACUGAUGAGUAUGGUGAAUUUCCUGAUUUAGAACAAAAAAAAGUCAGUUUUGAUCAGAUUCAAGAAAUAAUCACUGAAUUAAAUUAUUCUGUAUCAGAAAAUGAUUAUAUUUCUGAUGAACCUAUUAGAUUAAAUAUAUUUUCACCAAAUGUUCCGGAUCUUACUUUUAUAGAUUUACCUGGGUAUAUUCAAAUCCAAAGUAAAGAUCAGCCUUCAUCCUUAAAAGAUAGAAUUAUAGCAUUAUGUGAAAAAUAUAUUCAAGAGCCUAAUAUUAUUCUUGCUGUUUCUUCAGCAGAUGUUGAUCUUGCAAACUCAGUAGCAUUACAUGCUAGUCGUAAAGUUGAUCCCCAUGGUAUUAGAACUAUUGGUGUAGUGACUAAAAUGGAUCUUGUUACCCCAGAGAGGGGAUUUAGCAUAUUAAAAGAUAUGAAUUAUCCUCUUAAUCUUGGUUAUGUUGGAGUAAUUUCUAAGUUUUCCCAAUCUUUUCUUGAUAAAAAUAUCAAUGUUUCUGAUUUAAUAGAUAAAAAUGAGAAAGAAUAUUUCUCUAGUUUUCGUGAAUUUAGCAAUAAUGAUUGUUUUGUUGGAGUGGCCACCUUGAAAAAAAAACUUGUACAAAUACUUGAAGAUUCAAUGGUACAAAAUUUACAAAAUAUAUAUGGAAUUAUUAGAUUGGAAUUAGAGCAUGUAUCAUAUCAACUUAAAGUUGAAUAUAAUGAUCGAUUUCUUACUCAAGAAGUUUAUAUGGCCGAAUUAGUAGAUAUUUUAAAGUAUCGCUUUAAAAAGUUUGUUGAAAAUUUUGGAAAGUCUCAAAUUCGAUUGAUAUUAAAAGAUAUUUUAAACCAGAAGGUUUUAAACUUGUUAGCAGAGAGAUAUUGGUUAGAUCAAUCAAUCUGUAAUUCUCCAAAAAAGUCUUUUGAUGACGCAUAUUGGAAACAUAAAUUAGAUACAUCUAUAUCAUCUCUUACAAAAUUGGGUGUAGGGCGUCUUGUUACUGAUUUAUUGACAUCUAUCAUUGCUUCUGAAAUGGAAAAAAUAUCUCAAGAAAAUCAAUUUAAGGUUCAUCCAUAUGUAAAACAAUGUAUUGUUCAAUUAACUCAAGAUAUUUUAAAAGAAAAAUACCACAGUACUGUUGAACAAGUUGAAAACUCUAUAAAACCAUAUAAAUAUGAAAUUGAUGUUGAUGAGGAUGAAUGGGAAUUAGGAAGAAAACGUUCUCAAGAAAUUUUAAAAAAAGAAAUAAAAAUGUGUCGAGACGCUUUUAGAAAGCUUAAAGAAACUAUAGGGAGUAAGAAAAUAGAAAAAAUUGUUAAUUUAAUUGUUACUGGGAAAAAUGAUUAUGAUACUAUAGAAUAUAGUAAAUCUUUAAUAGAAAAAGGUCAACAAGCAAUUUUUUUAAAUAAUAGGGAAAAUAUUUUAAGUAAAAGACUAAAAUUUGUGAAAUCAGAAAAAUGCAAAAGUGUCGUUAAUAAAUAUUAUUGUCCUGAAAUUUUUUUGGAAAUUGUUGUGAAGAAAUUGGUUGAUAUUUCAGUUCCUUUUCUUGAUGCUGAAUUGUUUUCUGAAUUUGUACAUCAGUUUCCGCGAGAUCUUGAUAAUAGACUUAUUUAUAAUUUAACAUCAGAGCAACUAGAAAAAAUUGCUAAUGAGAAUUUUGAAAUUAAAAAACAAUUUGAUUUGCAGGAAAAGAAAGCACUUUUGAAACUAGCUUUAAAUAAAAUAGAGUCUUUGAUGUUAUUUAAGAAAAAUGUAUUAUUCUAGUUAAAUGGCUUAAUAAAUUCUAAUAUGUUUUAUUAAUUUCA